UUCAUUGAUUGAUUAAAAUUUUUAAAUGGUUGUUACACAGUUAUAGUAUAAGAACUCAAUAAACUGUGAUGAAACUGCAUGUGACAAGGAUGCUGAGCUGAACCAAAUCGCAUAUUUUAUUAGGGAAGUUUACUAGAAUGACUCAAAUUAGUUGUGUAAUUACUAGAAUGACUCAUAUUUUUUGAAAAUUAUUAGAAUAUUUUUCUGGUCAAAAUUAUCCUUACACAUAGUUAUAACAAAAAAUAUUUUUUUACCAAAAUAUCCUUAUUAAUUUUCGAGGGCAGAUUUGUUUUAGAAAAAAAAAAAUCUGCCGAGUAAUAAAUCUGUUUAUAAAAUCUGUGUAGAAAAAGAAAUCUAUCAUUAAAGUGGUGUCAGACUUUCUAAUAACGUCAGAUUUGUUCACACGGCAGAGUUAAUUGUCCGAUUUGAUUAGAAAUAGAUUUUUAAAAAUAUGUUUAUCAAAUGAGGUAGCAGAUUUGUUAUAAGUGGUAGAUUUAUAUGGUCAACUUAUUUUUUAAUCGACAUAUUUAUUUGUAAUGUUAGACUUAUUUUCUUACGGCAAAUUUAUAUGACCGAUUUAAAAUUAUUGGCAGACUUCUUAUUUAUGUGAUGAUAGACUUUUUAAUUUAUGUUUUGACAGAUUUAUUGACGAAAAACUUGGUUUAUACAAAAAUAUAAGAGUUAUUCUAGUAAUUAGAUAUAUAAUUAGAGUCAUGUUGAGUAAUUUCUCAUUUUAUUAUGAUUUAUUCUUGGAUUCAUCUUCUAGGAUGAAUUUCUAAGUUCACCAAUAUAAUUUUAUUAUUUCAUAUUCGAUAUCUCUUAAAAAAACUAAAUAUUGUCAAAUUAUAUUAUAUUUUUAAAAAUAAAAAGGUAAGAAAAUAAAAAAAAAUAGUAGUAGUUACAAAAGAAAAAGAAUUUAAAAAAAAUAUUUUUAACGUAAUCAGCAAAACACUAAACCCUAAACCGUAAAUCCUAAACUUUUAGGUAAACCUUAAGCUCCUGGAUAAACCCUAAACCCUUGGAGAAACCUUAACCCAUUGGAUAAAUCCUAAAUUUUAAAUUUAAUAAAACAGUGUAGUGUGUUAUUGGUUUAUAUAUUUUGAUUGAUUUAGAAAUCUAUAUAGUAUUUAUAAAUCCAAGUAAAAUAUGCAAAUCUGGAGGUUUUCCUUCGGAUUUGAGUUAAUACUAAAACACUCAAGGGUUUAGGGUUUAAUGUUUUAGUGUUUUUGAUUUAGAGUUUAUGAUUUAUCCAAUGAUUUAGGAUUUAUCCGAGGAUUUAGGAUUUAGAUUAGUGUUUUGCCGACGACGUUAAAAAUAUUUUAAAUAUUUUUUUUGUAACUACUAUUAAUUUUUAAUUAUUUUUAUUUAUUUUAAAAACAUAAUAUAACUGGAUAAUAUUUUGUUUCAUUUUCUAAAAGAUAUUAAAUAUAACCUCUGUUCUCUAUAUAGGGGGGGGGGGUGAAUCCAAGAUUAGCACUUUUAUUAUUCAUUAGUCUUUGUGUUGUAGUAAAUGCUUUCUUUGUUUUAAAAAAAUAGUUUUUAAAAUAUUACGAUUAUUAUUUAUUUGACAAGUCGUGGAGAUUGGUAUUCCUUAGGUUUAGGAAGCAAAGAUCCACUUUCCCCAUUUACCUUCUGUUUAGGACUAAUUUAAUCAUGGUGAUAAUUGAUUCUCUACGUGUUUUUGUAAAUUAUAAUGACGUAAAGAAAACAAAAGAAGGAAAGAUAUAUUUUUGGUUCAAAGGGAGGAAAGAUAUAUUUUUGGGUUCAAAAAGAGGAAAUAAAUAUUUUUAAAUACAUUAUGAACAAGGAAGGUGGAAAAGGUGGGGGAAUGUGGCCCAAAAUUUUAAAUUCAUUUGAAAAAAAAAAUAAUAAUCGAAGAAUUUAGCGCUUCUUUCAUUUAAAUACUUCCCCACAAGUGGUUUUUCAUCUUUUCUCAUCUUCCAUCACUUCUUCAGGUCUCACUCGUCUCAUCUCCCCCUUCCUUCAGAUUUCUCCGGCUCUAAUCAUGGCUCCAAAGCGUAAGGUUCCUUCAACUGAGGUUGAGAUCUCCGGUCCCACCUCAACUAGGCCGAAGAUAAGUCCCAAAGCGCCGGUAGAAGUUGCUGCUGAGCCAAUACGUUCCCGACCUAAGUUCAAGGUAGAGUUGGUGGUGGACUCCAAGAAGGAUCCGUCCUGGGUUCUAGAUGAGCCGAUUGCUGAUUCGGAGGCUAGGACUACGUGGCCCGAGAGGUAUCAAGUCAUCCAGAAGAAGGAAGUCGUACCUUUACCGAAGAAGAAAAAGAAAAAGUAUGUUGAGGAAGAGGAGAUUUUCCUUGCGCGACGCCAUUUUCGACGAGCCAUCCUUGAUGAUUCCAUCACAUACAACCUCUACGAUGAUGCUCAUGUGCAGUCUGAAGAGGACGAAAAGCCUUUCAUUUGCAAGAUCGCCGAAAUCUUUGAAGGAUGUGAUGGCAAAAUGUACUUUACUGCUCAAUGGUUUUACCGUGCGUGUGAUACCGUGAUCCAAAAACACGAAGAAAUGAUCGAUGACAAACGUGUUUUUAUCUCGGACAUAAAAGAUGUAAACUCAAUGGGGGUUCUUCUCAACAAAUUGAAGAUUCUGAUGAUCCCGUUAACGGAAAAUACUGAAGUGACUGAAAGCUGUGAUUACUACUGCAACAUGAAAUAUCACCUGCCUUUUUCAACACUUGAAGCUUUGCAAUCAAGUCAGUGUAUUACGCCUAAUCAACGAACGGAUGCUACAAUGUUAGACUUGUAUUGUGGGUGUGGAGCCAUGUCAACUGGCCUAUGCAUGGGAGCUCAGCUGUCAGGGCUGAAUCUUGUCACGAAAUGGGCUGUUGACACAUGCGAGUAUGCUGUUCAAAGCAUAAAGUAUAACCACCCGGAAACAGAAGUGAGAAACGAGUCCGCAGAAGAUUUUCUGUAUCUGCUCAAGGAGUGGGAGAAAUUAUGCAUUCAUUUCUCUUUGAUCGAAUCUGCGGAUUCAGAAAAAUACGAAAACCUUUAUGGGAUGUCCGCUGUGGAAGAGGUUAAAGAUGGCAGCGAUGAGAGUGACGUCAAAGAUGGUGGAGAGGUUUUUGAAGUUGAAAAGAUUGUUGGUAUUAAGAAAGAGGAAGGAGGUAGACUCCAUCUAAAGGUCCGGUGGGAGAACUAUGGGCCUUCCCAUGACACAUGGGAACCUAUUGAAAAUCUUAGCAAUUGCCGUAAGAAAAUUAAAGAGUUCGUUGUGCAUGGAUUUAAAACAAGCAUCCUUCCAUUACCAGGAGGAGUCGAUGUUGUUUGUGGAGGUCCUCCAUGCCAAGGGAUUAGCGGUUACAACAGAUUCAGGAACGAAAAAGAGCCGCUAAAAGACAAAAAGAACGAGCAGCUUCUUGAAUACAUGAAAAUUGUGGAGUUUCUGAAGCCCAAGUAUGUUCUGAUGGAGAAUGUGGUAGAUAUGCUUAGGUUUGUUGAUGGCUUUCUUGCGCGCUAUGCUGUGGGACGUCUUGUCCAAAUGAAUUAUCAGACAAGAAUGGGAAUGAUGGCGGCAGGGUCGUAUGGCCUUGCUCAGUUCCGGAGGCGGUUCUUCUUGUGGGGUGCAAUGUCUAGCGAGACGCUUCCUCAGUUCCCACUUCCGACUCAUGAUGCUGUCAAUAGAGGACAUGUUCCUGUGAACUUUCAUAGUAACGUAGUGGCCUAUGAAGAAACAGACAAUGUGAAGUUGGCGGAUAAGAUCCUACUCUCAGAUGUCCUUACCGACCUUCCAGUUGUUGCAAACAAUGAGAGGAGGGCGGAGAUGCCAUAUGACAAAGAUCCUAAGACGCCAUUUCAAAAAUUUAUCAGAUUGACGCAAGAAGGAAUGUUAGCUUCACCUAAAGAUCCCAAGUCAAACUCCAAAAAUGAGGUGUUGUACGAUCACCAUCCUUUGAAUCUUAACAAAGAUGAUUAUCAACGUGUCUGUAGGAUCCCCAAGAAAAAGCAAGCGAAUUUCAGGGACUUACCUGGUGUAACUGUUAAUGCUAAUAACAAAGUUGAAUGGGAUCCUAAAAUCCCCAGGAUCUAUCUUGAAUCCAAUCACCCCUUGAUUCCAGAGUAUGCCAUGAAAUUUGUCGAGGGAAAAUCAAAGAAACCCUUUGGACGGCUUUGGUGGGAUGAAACUGUCCCAACUGUUAUCGGAAGAGCCGAGCCACACAAUCAUGUGAUCAUCCACCCAAACCAAGACCGUGUCUUGACUGUGCGAGAGAACGCAAGGCUCCAGGGCUUCCCUGAUUACUAUAGACUAUUUGGCCCUACCAAGAAAAAGUACACUCAAGUUGGGAAUGCUGUUGCAGUACCAGUGGCUAGGGCACUUGGAUACGCAUUAGGACAAGCUUUCCAAGGCCUCACUAAUGGUAGUGAUCCACUCUUCACUCUGCCCGAAGGUUUUCCAAAACCAACCUUCUGAUUCUCGUAGGAACAUCAGUAAGAAGAGAUUCACCUUCUCUUCUGAGCUUAGCCAGAUUAUGUUGAUUUAUUGCUCAUCUUUGAUUUUAUCUAAGGCUAUACUAUGACUCUAUCUAUCCAUAAUAAGACUUGCUGUUGUGACUUAGUUAAAACAAAUUUUAAAACGUUUGUCAUUUGAUUCUACUCUUUCAUUAAACAUUUUUAUGAAACA